AUGUCUUUGUUGCUUCGUUUGUGUCUGGCAAUAUGAGGAAACCCCACGAAGGGGUAGAUUUUCUUCCUAGCUUACUACCUGCAAAUGCUAGAUCUUUUUCUAUCUUUUUGUUCUGACAUUUUUCUUUUUAUCAGCUAUGACAGAAGAAGUAACAUAUGCUAAUCUGAAAUUUGAAAACAGCCAUGAGCUGGAUAAUAUCACAAAGCGUGAAGAUACUAAGGAAAAAGGGCCUCCCACUUCAUCCCGCUCUUCCUGGCCAGUAGUCCUGAUUUUGUUCACGUUGUGUCUGACAUUAUUGACGGCGCUGGUGGCCCUGGCAGUUUUAUUUUUCCAGAUUCACAAGGACUACAGGACACAACUUAGAGACCUCAACAUGACAAAGAAUGAGCUGCAAGCAAAUUUCUCAAAUAUGCUGCAAACAAUAGGAAAUCAGCUGUGCUUGGAUGGGGAAAGCAAACUUAAAAAUAAUGGCCAAAACUGUGUACUCUGCCCUGCAAACUGGAAGUGGGAAGGUAAUGAUAUGUGUUACUACCACUCUGAGGAAAAAGAGUCAUCAGAACAAAGUCAUCAGUUUUGUUCCUCACAAAACUCUACUCUUCUUCUGAUAAAAGAGGCCGCAAAGCUGGAAUUGGUAAAAAAAUUUCCCAGACGAAUAUACUGGCUUGGAUUAACAUUUAGAGCUGAACAGAAAGAAUGGUAUUGGGUAGACAACACAGCUCUUACAGAAGAACAGAAGUCUUGGGCAAAUAACCUAAACUCCCUUCAACCCUGUGCAUAUUUUUAUUAUGAAUUCGUAUAUAGCAUGUCAUGCAGAGAAAAGCUUUACUAUGUCUGUGAAAAGCCCGCCAUCCAAUUACAUCGAGGUAACAACCAUUGGCAGGAGGACUGGUUUGUCAAACUGAAAUAAGUAGGAGAAGCUAUAAGACAUUCUGCAAGAUAUAAAAAUAUCUUCAUACUAUGGAAAUGGGCAUGGUGACAGGCUCCAGGAGCCACCCAAGUCUGUUGUUCCAGAUCUAAAACUGCCAAAUGAUUACUCAGUAUUAACCAACACAAGUCAUAGACAAAAUGGACAAAAGUGAUGGCCAGGAAAAAAAGCAGUGACAAGGCAAGCACAUAAAGCUACUGCUCCUCUUCCAACAUCCACUGAUACAGUCCUAAUACUACUUGUGAGUUCAUGACUGUGCAGCUGUAACAUAACACAAGGCACGAGGAUUAAACAUUUCCAUUCAGGAGACGCUUCUGAUACCUUGUUGAUCUGAUGACGGUGAUUGAGGGAUGGGACUCUAGAUGGGUGUAAACAAGAAGUCGAGAAGUUGAAGUCGAAGUCAUUUAUUGUCAGCAGCUCUUCUGCAAUUAUACAGUCUCUAACAAUACUUGUCAACAUUUGAUUGGUCAUUACUCUCUAUCCAUAAUACACCAGACAACUCAUUGGCUACAAGUUAGUUACUGCUAUCUGAAGACUAUUGGUUAAUUAAAUCUUACAAGCACAAGCACAACGUCUUAUACACUUUUAGUUCAAGGCAAAAAAAUUUCCACUGUUUAAGGAAUGGCCAAAUGUUUCUGUUAACUGCAGUCUUGCAUGUUUUCCUUUAGAUAAAACUCAGCAUUCUUGUCUUGUUCUUCCUCCUACAUUCCCGUUUGCUGCUCCCAAGGCUUCUGGCCCACCAAGGUCAAGAUGUCCUCAUCAAUCACUAACUUUACAGCACUCUCAGUCCUUCUUCCCAGAAGUCCUCAUACAAUCUGACUGCUUUAAUAAACUAGUAGGCUGGAGUAUACAACACACAAACACAGUUAUCCUCAGAACAUGGGCCAAAGUAUUCCUGAACUGUAUUAGCAAUCAUAUUUACUCACAAACACAGGAAUUCAUAGUCCUCAUAGGGACUUAUGCAUGUAUCACAGGAUAAAAUACCCUUCAGCUAUGAAUGUCUAGAUCUAUUCCAUGCUCUAUACUUCUUCCAGGCACUGUUAGUUCUCUCUUUUUUUUUUUUUUUUCUUUUUCUUUUUUCUUUUUUUUUUCUUUUCCUUUUUUUCCCCCCCUAGUAAUAAUUUUUUAUUUUUCUAAUUUUCUACUUUUUUGAUCUAUUGCAGGCGUUACACUAGGAUUCAGACAGAGAAUAGAAACUUCUUUUAUAUAUAUUUUUUGUAUAUUUCCUGUAAUGUCAUACUACUAACUUAAUGCGCUGAGCAAGAGUCUACAAACCCAACCAUAGUGAAACUACCCCAGGCAGUGUUAAUGAACAAAAUGCCUCCCUCCAUAUCUCCAUAGAACAAUGACAGUAAGGUUCAAAUAAGAAAUCUCAGUCACAUAACAGUGUUUUGAUCUGAGAAAAAGUCCACAGAUUCCUAGCGUGGUCCCCUCUGGAGACUUGUGUAUUCCUUGUGGAUUGCAUCCCAGAUUAUUUAUUGUGGAUCAUUUACCACUGAUGUAGCAGCUGGGCUGCUAAGGCAUUAGUCAAUCCCUUUCAGGAAUGACUAGUUCUAGUUCUAGUGUCUCACUGAUCUCAGCACUACGCAGCAGUUUCUGAUCACCAACAUCAACAUUUAGGGUGUUAUUUUCAAAUACCAAUUUCACACUCCAGAAACCUUACUGGAUUGCUUUUCCUGUCUACCAUUAACACUCACCACCUGCAUCUCUAAUGUAACCUCUCCUAGCUACUCCUCUCAGUUCCCCUCCUCCCUGUUUCUGUCUUUGGAGGUGAAAAUGCAGAAUGUCUCUAUCCUGCAGUGCAGCCACAGCCCAGGUGACUUCCCAGCAUGUCUCCCAGCAUUUGCAUCAUCUACACUGAAAUAAGAAAUCUCAUGUGGAAGGUAUCCUGAACUGCAUUCAUGGUGCAUCCUUUCGUGAUAAUGAAGGGCUUUGUUGUAAUUUGCCACGAAGAUUAAAAAAAAGAAAGAAAGAAAAAAAAAA